ACGACCUAUAUGACUACCAUAUAUACCGUGUUCGGAGUUUGUCUGCACAAGUUGGAGAUGGUUCAUGUUUUUCUCUGCUUAUUGAUACACUGAUUGAUAUUGACACGUUUCUCUAUUACUGUUUUGAGAAGCGUUAUUUGUUUUUCUUAUCCUUUGGCAUAAGUGUAAACUACAUAAUAAAAUGAGUAUAAUACAAAGACAAUUACAUAUAUAUUAUUUCUUAUAACGAAAUAUUUGUCUUACAAACUUUGUGUUUGAAACAACUAAUAUCUUUCUGUUAUAUAUUAAGUAUUUGACAAAAUGCUUAUGUAUAAAAAAUAAAAUUGCAUUAUUAGAUAUUAAGAUUGCUUUCACAUUGAAAUUGCAACUUAUUCGUGAAAUACAUCAUGUCUAAUACACCAGGUAAAAAUUUAUUAAGGCCGAAUAGCCUACAGUGCAAAAACCUACACGAAUAUUUAAAAUCACGUUCUCCUGAUACUCUGAAUAAAUUGUAUCAUAAACCGCCUAUAUGCUUGGCCGUGUUCCGCGAGUUACCCAUAAUUGCCAAGCAUUAUGUUAUGAGACUACUGUUUGUUGAGCAACCAGUGCCACAGGCAGUUAUAGCAUCGUGGUGUUCAAAACUUUAUUUCGAAGAACAUCAGAAAGUGGUGCAAGUCUUAAAUGAACUAUAUGUAUGGAAAGAGGCAUCUAUACCUGGUGGGCUACCAGGUUGGAUUCUGAACAAUAUCUUCAAGAAAAACUUGAAGAUUGUACUGCUGGGAGGUGGUAAACCUUGGACUAUGUCUAAUCAGCUGGAAAUUGACAGUAAACCACGCGACGUAGCUUUCUUAGAUUCUUAUGCAUUAGAAAGAUGGGAAUGUGUUUUACACUAUAUGGUUGGUUCCCAACAGCAGGAAGGUAUAUCUGCUGAUGCUGUACGAAUUCUUUUACAUGCUGGUUUAAUGAAAAGAGAUGAAGCUGAUGGAAGCCCAGUUAUAACACAAGCAGGUUUCCAAUUCCUUCUUUUAGAUACAGCUUCACAGGUAUGGUACUUUAUUCUGCAAUAUCUUGAUACUAUUGAGGCACGUGGUCUUGAUUUAGUAGAGUGCCUCACCUUUUUGUUUCAAUUAAAUUUUUCCACUCUUGGCAAAGAUUACAGUACUGAAGGCAUGUCCGAAGGACUCUUGACUUUUUUACAGCAUUUGAGAGAAUUUGGACUUGUAUAUCAACGAAAACGUAAAGCAGGAAGAUUUUAUCCUACUCGAUUAGCAUUAAACAUUGCUACUGGUGAAAAUAAACCUUUAGCCAAAGAUACAGAUAAAGAAGGAUACAUAAUUAUAGAAACAAAUUAUCGAGUGUACGCUUAUACAAACUCCAACUUACAAGUUGCAUUACUUGGACUUUUCUGUGAAAUAUUAUAUAGAUUUCCAAAUGUAAUUGUAUCAGUAUUAACAAGAGAUUCUGUAAGACAAGCAUUGAGGAGUGGAAUAACUGCUUCUCAAAUAAUAGGUUAUUUGCAACAACAUGUGAGCAGUCAAAUGAUAGAAAGAGGACCACCUAUACUACCACCUACCAUUGUAGAUCAAAUUAAACUGUGGGAAAAUGAAAGAAAUAGAUUUUCGUUCAGUGAAGGUGUUUUAUAUAGUCAAUUUCUUUCACAAACUGAUUUUGAAGUUCUUAGAGAUCAUGCACUUUCUACAGAAGUAUUAAUUUGGCAAAGUGAAAGGAAAAGAACCAUGGUAGUCACCAAAGCUGGUCAUGACGAUGUAAAAAAGUUUUGGAAGCGAUACUCAAAGGGUUCAAGUUAAUAUUGUAUUAAUAAAAUCUAGUUAUAAGCAUUCUACAUACAUUAUUGUUAUGUUUCUUAAAUAACAAUACUACAAAAAAAAAUAUUCUCAAAAAAGUGCCUA